AUGAACGUGUUCAAACUCCUCUCGCGAUCCUCCAAAGCGGCGCCAAGCUCGUCCGCGCAAAAGCUUCCCUCCUCCGGCGCUGUCGCAAACCCGCAGCUGUUUGGCUACGACGACCCAGCACAACCGUCCGACACGUCGAAUACCAGUCGCAAGAGGAAGAGAGGGCAGAAUGGCCGGGAUGCAUCUCCUAGCGCAAACGACCUGCCCGCCGAUCUCGACUUCUUCGGCGGCGGUGCAAGCAAAGAACCAGACGUAAACGGAAGCACGCUAUCCAAGAAGCAGAGGAAGAAGCAGAAGCAGCAAGAGAAGAAGGAGGAAGAGGCCAGACUUCAAAACGAUACAGAGGAAAUAGAAGAGGACCCAUACGAUGUAGACGAGUGCAAGCGGAUACUGCGCUCGCACAAACUCAAGGUUUCGGUCCUGGAAGACUUCGCGCCGCAAGCAGAAGAGCCAGUCAAAGAAAAGAAGUCGAAGAAGCGGAAGAAGGAGAAGGAGGUUAAGGAGAAGAAAAAGGAUGCGAAGAAGUCGCUCUACCCGCAGCCUCUCACCUCGUUUGCGCAGUUACGGACGCGAUACGGUAUUUCGAGACGACUGGCGGAAAAUAUAGCGGAGCAGGGAUACAAGCUACCUACCGAGGUGCAACUGGGAGCUUUGCCGUUGCUGCUGAGCAAGAAGGGGCGUGAGGGGUCGAGUGGUGCUACACAAGACGCCGAGGGCUUGUCUGGGGCUCAGUAUAAUGGGGAUAUCGAUCUUUUGACCGUGGCGCCGACGGGCAGUGGAAAGACGAUAGCGUUCCUGAUACCGAUUAUCGAUUCUCUGCUUGCGGAGGGCAAAAUCCAGGAUACGAAAGAGGGUCCUCGCGCCGUUAUUCUUGCUCCUACCAGGGAACUCGCUGCGCAGAUUGUCAAUGAGGCGAGGAAAUUGGCGAAGGGGACGGCGGUCAAGGCUACGCUUAUGAGGAAGGGUAUGCGAGUUGUGCAGGAGCCAGAAGAAGAGACGCAGGACGACGCAGAAAAAGCUGAGGUAUCGGACAACGACGAAGAUGAGUCCGAGUCGGAAGACGAGGAGGCGACAGCACCAAAGAAGAAGCAAGCUGGUCGACGGGCAGAGCUUGUGAAAGCUGCCAUCUUGGUCGCUACACCACUUGCUCUGCUGAACGCCUUGAAGCGCAAGGAUGGUACCGUCGCGGGUAUCCCCAGUGUAUCCCAACUCGUCCUCGACGAAGCAGACGUCCUCCUCGACCCUCUCUUCCGCGAACAAACCCUCGCGAUAUGGAACGCCUGCACGAAUCCGAAGCUACGAAUCGGUCUCUGGUCCGCAACAAUGGGCUCGAAUAUCGACAGUUUGACAACAUCUACCUUGAACGACCGCUGGACUGCCCUCUCCAGUUCACCUCCCUCCCAACGUUCAGACCAGCCCACCACAACCCUCCCCGCACGACCCCCCCUCAUCCGCCUCGUCGUCGGCCUCAAAGACUCCGCCAUACCAAAUAUAUCCCACCAACUCACCUACGCCGCAACCGAACAAGGCAAGCUCCUCGGCCUGCGCCAACUCCUGCAUCCAACCUCUGUUUUCACAUCCACUUCGACCCCUAUCCUCCGGCCCCCCUUUCUUGUCUUCACACAAACCAUCCCCCGCGCCAUCGCCCUCCACUCCGAACUCCUCUACGACAUCCCGCCUGAAGCAGGCGGUAGUUCGCGGAUCGCAGUCCUCCACGCUGAUCUGAGUUCCUCGGCUAGAGAUGGCAUAAUGACGCGGUUUCGUCGCGGCGAGAUCUGGGUCCUUAUAACCACGGAUUUGCUAUCCCGCGGUGUAGACUUCCGCGGUUUAAACGGCGUCGUGAACUACGACGUCCCGUCCUCUGCAGCCGGCUACGUGCACCGCGUCGGUCGGACGGGGCGGGCUGGCCGCGAGGGAGGCGUUGCUGUGACGUUUUACACUCAAGACGAUAUUCCGUUUGUUAAGCUUAUUGCGAAUGUUAUCCGAGCGAGCGAGAAGAUGAGGGGGGUGCAGGAGGGUGAGGGGAGUGUCAAACAGUGGUUGUUGGAUGCGUUGCCGACGCCUAGUAAGAGGGAGAGGCAGAUGCUUAAGAGGAGGGGUGUGGAAGCCAGACGGGCUGGGGGUGGUGCGAAGGGCAAAGAUGGCAAAGGGGUCAAGGUGGAUAGGAUUAGUAGUAAGAGUGGGUAUGAUCGCAAGAUUGAGAAUAAGAGGAAGGGGGCUAGGGAGGCGGCGAAGAGGAGGGAGAUUGGGGAGGAGAAGGGGGAUGGAGGGAGUGCGGAUGAGAGUGGGUUUGAGGGUUUUGAUUAA